AUGGCACUGUCCUACCUGCAGGAGGCACAGAUUAACGCAGGACACCUAGCCGGACAGCACCUCGACAUGAAGCAGGAGACUGAGAAGCAACCCCUGUCACCGGUCCUGAACAACAACGACCCGUCGCCGCCGUCGAUGUUCUCGGGGAUGGGAGCGGCCGCAGCAGCGGCGGCCGCUGCGGCGGGCUUGUCGAUACUGACUCCUCAGCAACUCCUGGCAGCGAGCAGGACGGCGGCCCUGAUGGCGGCAGGAAUCCCGGUCUCCCUCCACGCGGCUACCCUGGCGGCCAGUCCGUCCUUGUAUCGCCACCACCAGACCCUCUUCGGGGGAUGGGCGGCCUCUUCGCCGCCCUCGCCUUUGAGCUACUCCUCCGGGCCCGUGUCUCCUGCUCUCAGCACCAAGUCCACCUCUCGCAGGCCUAGCAACAAUAAUAACAACAGCAGUAACGUUAACAACAAUAUGGUGAGCAGCAGUGGAGACCGGGUGACGAAGAAGGGCCAGGCGAACAAGAGGAGGACCGUCAAGGUCAAGGUGGAGGCCGCACCGACCGCGGCGACCACGACGACUGCCUCCGGCGCCGACACCGCCGUCCCGCCACUCAGUCCGCCUACCUCAGUUAGUCCAGAGGCCGGGAAGGAUCCUCGCGACAAGGUCUUCACCUGCGGGGUUUGCUCCAGGUCCUUCGGGUAUAAGCACGUUCUCCAGAACCAUGAACGCACCCACACUGGGGAGAAACCGUUCGAGUGUGUCGAGUGCCACAAGAGGUUCACCAGGGACCACCACCUGAAGACGCACAUGCGCCUUCACACCGGGGAAAAGCCCUACCACUGCAAGCACUGCGACCGGCAGUUCGUCCAGGUGGCGAACCUGCGCAGGCACCUCCGGGUGCACACCGGGGAACGGCCCUACGCCUGCGAACUCUGCUCCUCCAGGUUCAGCGACUCCAACCAGCUCAAGGCCCACUUGCUCAUCCACAAGGGAGAGAAGCCGUUCGAGUGCGAGCACUGUCAGAUGCGGUUCCGCCGUAGGCACCACCUCCUGCACCACAAAUGCGGCACUCUGGGCUCCAGGUCGCAGGCACCCUCGCUGGCGAGCGACGACCUGGACGAGGAGGUGGACAUUGACGUGGACGUGGAGAUGGAGGAGAGGGAAGAGAAGGUGUUCGCACUAAAAGCGAUACCAGGGCCCCAUCAUCGGCAAGCCCCGAGUCCCGCCCUGGGCGCCGCGACGAAUAUGUCUCUACCUCUGAACCUGUCCGGCGUCCCCGUCGACCUGCCCGAACAGACGGAACCCGAGGACCUCUCCAUGUCCACCGGGAUGCACCGGGCCCACUCACAUUCCCACUGCAGCAGCGGAGACUCCCCGUUGAGUCGCAGCCCGAGCAGCGACAUCCUCCACGAGGAGGAGGACGACGACCUGGACGUAGCUGAGGCCAGCCCCAGCUCCCUCUUCCUCAGCAGGAGCUCCUCCAUUGGCUUCUACCCUCGACAAUCGCAUGUCCUGGAGGCCGACGUCAACGUCAGUCGGGCCUCCUAG